GUGCUACUUACUGGUUGUGGUUCAACUUGUGAACCGUCUUGGUCAUCGAUCUCUUUUCGUCUUUCCAUCAUGUCUCGAGAGAUAGUGAACAUUCAAGCAGGAAACCAAGUUGGAGAGGCCUUUUGGAGGAUGCUCUUAGCGGAGCAUGGCCUCGACGAUGCUGGGGUGAGCAGCUCCUUUGAAGCUCAGGACUCAGCCCACGCAGGCGUAUACUUUACACAAGUGGACUCUAGUGGACCUACCAAGUAUGUGGAUCUCGAAUCCGGGGUCUGCAAUCGCCUUCGUUCGGGGCCGCUGGGUCAGCUAUUUCGUCCAGAUACGUACUUCACUAGCGACUCAGGGGCUGGAAAUAACUGGGCAAAAGGAUGGGCCGAGUUGAUUGACGGCAUCUUGGAUAUUGUUCGAAGACAGUCCGAGGCUACAGAGGCAUUGCAAGGAUUCCAGAUAAUUCACUCACUCGGAGGUGGUACUGGCGCUGGUCUGGGUUCCCUGCUUCUCUCAAAGCUGCGGGAGGAAUAUCCCGAUCGAAUGCUUUCUACGUUUUCGAUUCUUCCUGCACCCAAUGUCUCCGAGACUGUUGUUGAACCAUAUAAUUCCCUUCUUUCUGUACAUCAACUAGUCGAUAACUGCGAUCUUACCAUCUGUAUCGACAACGAGGCCUUGUAUGACAUAGCCGUCCGCACUCUUAAAAUCAAAAGCCCUGCAUACAAAGAUUUGAACGAACUCAUAGCCAAGGUCAUGUGUGGUGUCAGCACGAGUCUGAGGUUUCCUGGUCAGCUCAACGGUGAUCUUCGGAAACUUGGGAUGAACCUUGUUCCCUUCCCUCGUCUCCAUUUUCUGAUGCCGAGUUUUGCUCCAUUCUACGAUCCAAAAGCUCGGACUUUCCAGAGACUCUCUGUUCCCGAACUCACCUCAUCAAUCUUUCUGGUUGCUUCGGAUCCUCGAUUUGGUCGGUACCUGACUGCUGCUUGUAUCUUCCGAGGCAAGGUGUCGUCACAUGAGAACUCGGUCAUGCAGCUGCAACGGAAGAAUUCGAAUCUCUUUGUGGAGUGGAUUCCGGACAACGUGUCCGUUUCGCUUUGCUCUGUGCCCCCCGUGGGCCAACCUCAGGCAGCGGUAGCCCUUGCAAAUUCAACCUGUAUUCAGGAACUCUUCAAACGCAACCUUGACCAGUUUGCCCUUAUGUUCAAGCGCCGCGCGUUCUUGCAUUGGUACACUGGGGAGGGUAUGGAUGUGAUGGAGUUCUCUGAGGCAGAGAGUAACACUCAGGAUCUAAUCUGGUUGACUAUGUAUCCACAGUAUCAAGAAGCUACGGUGGAAGAGGAAGAAGCUGAAGCCGAGAGCGAGCAAUAAUACAGGCUGAACACCGCGACUUGGGUUGUCUUUCUUUCGUCGUUAUCGUCCUAUUUUCAGCAUGGAUCUACUUUUGCAGCCUAUUUUUAUUUAUGCACGGAGAUCCUAUUCGGAUCGGAUCGUUUUCCAUGAAUCACGGCUGAUACUUACGGGUCCUGAUGCUUGUUUCUGCAGCUCUAUCCUAUCCUCAUCUGAGUGUCAAUUUUUGAUGUUAUUAUUAGAAUCACGAGGCUCUGGCAUGAGAAUAUUGCAAUGUUCUGGGUGCGACAUUUUGCGUACAUGUCCAACUUUGUAUUCUGCUACUUCUCACACACAGCAAUAUCUUACUGAUGGAUGCCGAAUAACUCGUAGCGUCGUUGCUCAUACA